GCGUUGAAGGUGCGCUGUCUUCUUCUGUCCAUUUUCUCUGUCAUCCCCAACUCAACUCGUUUAGAAGAAAAAAAGGCAGAAUUCCUUUCUUCUUCUUUUUCUUCCUAAAAUUUAUUUUCUUUCUUUUUAGAUUUUUUUAAAAAUUUUACAACCUUCAAUUCAAUUACUCUUUCAACCCCCUUUUUUCUCUCUCAUACCUUCAGCAUUCAGAUCUGACCAAACAUCGCACUUGACGUUCUUCAUUGAAGCAGCUUCUGAGUGCCUAUUGAAGGGGAGAGAGUUGGAGGAUGUCGAUGAAGAAGGCAUUUGGCCAAACCAUUCGAGACUUAAAAAGGGAGGUCAACAAGAAAGUUCUUAAAGUCCCUUCAAUAGAGCAGAAGGUUCUUGAUGCAACUAGCAAUGAGCCCUGGGGUCCUCAUGGGUCACUUCUUGCAGACAUUGCACUGGCUACAAGAAAUUAUCAUGAAUACCAAAUGAUCAUGACAGUAUUAUGGAGGAGGUUGAAUGAUACUGGAAAGAACUGGCGGCAUGUUUAUAAGGCUUUGACAGUUUUGGAGUACUUGGUGGCACAUGGGUCUGAGCGUGUUAUAGAUGAAAUAAGAGAACAUGCUUACCAAAUAUCAACAUUGUCCGACUUUCAAUAUAUUGACUCCAGUGGGAGGGAUCAAGGAAACAAUGUGCGAAGGAAAUCUCAGAGCCUUGUGCAAUUAGUUAAUGACAAAGAAAGGAUAAUAGAAGUUCGGCAAAAGGCUGCUUCUAAUAGGGAUAAGUUUCGCAGUACAUCUGCAGUGGGUGGAAUGUAUCGACCUGGUUCAGAUGGAUACGGCGAUGAUCGGUAUGAAGGCCAGGAUGAACGCAAUGGUUAUGGAAGGGAGAGAGAAUGGGGCUCUAGAGAUGAUGAAAGGUAUGGGCGGUAUGGGGAUUCAUAUAGUAGAGAGGGAGAUCGUUAUGGUAGAGACUCUGAAGAAAAUUAUGGGAGAGAGAGGUAUGGGGAUGAUGAAUCCAGAGGAAGAGCUCGAAGUGAUGAUGACUACCAGUAUGGCUCAAGGGGUAGGAGUUCUGACAGAGAUGGAGAUCGUGCUUACGAUGAUGAGGAUCGUCAUUCAGCUCGAGGAAGUACUGGCAAAGCAGAAGAUCAUAACGAUGGAAGGCCAAUUGAGCGCAAGUUUUCUGAACAAAAUAUUGGUGCUCCUCCAAGCUAUGAAGAAGCUGUGGGGGUUACUAGAAGUCCUACUUACAAUGACAGGGAUGAAGAAGCACCAGCUGCAUCAACCCAUCAAUCAUCUCCUCCCACUGUAAAUGCUACUCAGUCGUCAUCCCCAGUUGCUAAUGCUGCCCCUCAAUCAUCAUCUCCUGCUAAUAAUGUUAAUCCAAGUCAAAUAAAUCCUGAGAAUGGUGUUCAAUCUCAUCAUAAUAUGGAAGCUGAUACUUUUGAUGAAUUUGACCCCCGUGGUUCUAUUUCAGCUGCACCAACUACAUCGAACACUGUUGAAAUGGACUUGUUUGGGUCUCUUUCAGAUGCAUUUGCACCAAGUCCAUUAGCUAUCAUGCCAGCUCCAUCAGAUGUUUCAGACUUUCAAUCUGGUUCUGGGAACACUGCUUCGAACCCCUCGUUUAUUGCACCUUCGGGGACUAAUGUUCCUAACCAGUCUUUUGAAGAUCCAUUUGGCGAUUCACCUUUCAAGGCCAUCCCGUCAGCUGAGGCACCAACUCAAUUCCAGAAUUUUGCAUCCCCGUCACCAUUUCAGCCUGCUGUGAAUCCUUCAGAGCAUCCACAUCCUGCAGCUCAGAAGGUGGAGACCCCUAAUCUGGAGUUUGCAGACACUUUCUCAGGCUUAGCUUUUGAUCCGUCUACUGUUACCAAUGUACAAACUCCACCAAAUCAACAAUUUUUGGCUCAAGAGCCACAAUCCAUGCACGAUAACGAUAUACUUGCUGGCAUUUUACCUCCUUCUGGACCUCUUCCCCCACCGGCUUCUGUUGGAUCUUAUCCCACUUCAUCAGGUAUGCAUCCUGCAACUGCUUCACAAGCAGCUUUUCCUCCAACUUCUCACUAUUCAGCAGGAACUGGUUUCAUGACCCAAGCUGGACCAUUUUCCCAAGUCCCUGCUCAGAACUCGGGUGUGCCACCCAGCCAUCAUUACUCACAUCCCUAUCCUGCUCCUCCCACUGCUAUGAGUUCAAAUUUGGCACCUCAGACACCAGCUGGAGCAUUAAGUCAUAAUAAUAAUAAUAAUAAUAAUUUCAUGGGCGAUUUUCUUCCACAAUCUGGUGCAAACAUUUCCUCAUCUUCACAGUCAGCUCCCUCAAGUUCUGCAAAUGCUUUGGCUCUUGUUCCCCAACAACCUGCUAAGAAGUUUGAGCCUAAGUCAGCUGUAUGGGCCGAUACAUUGAGCAAAGGUUUAGUUAACCUGAACAUUUCUGGACCAAGUAUCAAUCCAUUGUCAGACAUAGGUAUUGAUUUUGAAUCCCUUAACCGCAAGGAAAAGAGGAUGGAAAAACCUAGUGCAACUCCAGCAACUUCCAAUGUCACUAUGGGCAAGGCCAUGGGAUCUGGUUCUGGAAUGGGUCGUGCUGGUGGGGGUGGGUUGAGGCCUUCUCCAAACCCAAUGAUGGGUCCUGGCAUGGGUGUUGGACCUGGUGCUGGUAUGGGUGGUGGACCUGGUGUUGGCAUGGGUAUGGGAAGUUACGGGUCUAUAAAUCAACAACCAAUGGGCAUGGGUGGCGUGGGUAUGGGAGCGGGAAUGAACAUGGGUAUGGGGCAAGGAAUGCAACAACCCAAUGGUUUAGCCCCUGGAUCAAACAUGAACAAUUAUAAUCCCAUGAUGGGAAGAGGUGGUUACCCACAGCAACCAUAUGGUGGUGCAUAUCGAUGAUUGUGGUCUUCCCUAUGUAUAUCUGCAUUUCUGAAGUAAUUGAGUAGUCUGGUGAUACAUGUAGUACCUGUAACAAUAGCUGGUAAGCAAGCAUAUAUAGACAUGAGAAUUCUUUAUUCCUAUCUCCAUAGAUGACCUCAUUCGACGCUGGCAACGACUGUACUCAGUUCCCUGUUCCCAGUGAUGGUAUCAAGGAUUCCCCUUUUUCAUACACGAUUCGAAUACAGAGGGAAGUAAAAUUCUGUUUGAUUGAGUUUUGUUAUUAUUAUUUUUUUUUUGUAUGAUGAGAGUUAGCCUACCUCAGGCUUCACAAUAUUUGUUAUAUUCUUGGAUCACAUAAGAAUUGAGAUGUGGUUUGUCCGUCAGACAAUAAAAGUAUUAAUGAAGAGAAUUAUUUCAUUUGCACAUUA